AUCCACCAAGUUCACUGCUCGCUCACAUCCAUUUUCCAAUAGUAUGACCGUGAUCUCAAAUGAUCCUAGUUGGUGGCCACUCAUCAAUGCGAAUCGUAAUUCCAGCUAUUUUGCAGUUGCCGCCUCUGUUGGGGUGAUCUAUGAUUGGGCACUAACAUUCGGACAAGAGGUGGAACUGGUCUGGAGGCAACGCUGGUCCCUCAUGACCAUAAUGUAUCUUAGUGUAUGUAACUGUUAUAAGUAUGAUUGGGAAGGUGUGUUUACUUGAAGAUAUGCUAGCUGCGCUGUCUUGGAAUAUCAUAUAUUGUGUAUG